CUAAAUUAAGUAGGGGUCACACAAGAAAAGAACCCGGAAAAAUCCAGAUGCAGCCUCAGAGAAAGCUGAUCAACUCAGUGGACAGAUGUGUGGAUGAGGCUCUCUGCGGCAUCGUCAGGGCCUCUGGGGGCCUGUCCCUGCUGAAGGGCCACAGAGUUGUCCUUCGCUCAGACUUGGACAACCUGAGGGGCAAGGUGGCGCUGCUGUCCGGAGGGGGGUCAGGGCAUGAGCCAGCGCAUGGGGGUUACAUUGGAGCUGGUAUGUUGUCCGCAGCUGUGGCAGGAGGAGUGUUUGCAUCGCCCCCGCCCACCAGCAUCCUGGCUGCCAUUCUCUCCUUGCACAAUGCAGGAGCUGCUGGUGUCCUUCUCAUUGUGAAGAACUAUACAGGUGACCGCCUUAACUUUGGACUGGCUGCAGAGCAGGCCCGUAACCAGGGCAUCGCUGUGGACAUGGUGGUGGUUGCAGAGGACUGCGCCUUUGACCAACCCAGUAAGGCUGGAAGAAGAGGCCUGUGUGGCACUGUCUUCAUCCACAAGUUGGCAGGUGCUCUGGCAGAAGAAGGCUGCCCAUUGGACCGGAUUGUUUCCACAGUAACAGAAGUGUUGAAAGGGAUUGGUACUCUUGGGGUCAGUCUGUCUCCAUGCAGUGUUCCGGGCUGCCUGCCGUCAUUUGACCUGCCCCAAGGGGACAUGGAGCUGGGACUAGGGAUCCAUGGGGAACCCGGAAUCAAGAGGUCCAAGGUGGCAUCUGCCGAUGAGGUGGUAAAGACCAUGAUAGAUCACAUGACCAGCCCAGCCAGCCAAUCCCAUCUACCCCUGAAAUCAGGCGACAGUGUUGUUCUGUGUGUGAACAACCUCGGGGCUCUGUCGUACCUGGAGAUGGCGGUGGUUACAAGAGCCUCAGUCAUCUGCCUGGAAAGCCGCGGAGUUGUGGUUGCCAGGGUGAUGUCCGGGACGUUCAUGACAUCACUGGAGAUGGCAGGAGUCUCGCUGACCCUGAUGAAAGCAGACCAAGAAACCCUGAGACUCUUUGAUGCAAAGACUAGCGCCCCCGCCUGGCCGAACCUCAGCAGCGAGUGUGUGAGUGGACGCAGCUACGUCACAGAAGCUCCAGUGAUGAGCAGCCAGCCACAGGACAGCACAUACUCCGAAGGCCCCUUGAGUCCUUUGAUGCAUAAAGUGCUGGUAAAGGUUUGCUCCACCCUACUGGAAAGGCAAGAAGAGCUCAACUCUCUGGACCGUGCUUGUGGGGACGGAGACUGCGGUAACACUCACGCACAGGCUGCCAAAGCCAUUCAGCAGUGGCUCCAGAACCACAAGGUCCCCGGUUGCCCCGGGCGGCUGCUUUUGGUCCUUGCCGGAUUGGUCCAGGAGAAGAUGGGCGGCUCCUCUGGAGCGCUGUACAGUCUGUUCCUCACUGCGGCGGCCAGUCAUGUGACCGAGGGGCAGAGCAACGCAGCGGCUUGGGCAAGCGCAAUGCAUGCUGGGACACAAGCCAUGAGAAGGUAUGGAGGUGCAGACCCUGGAGACAGAACAAUGUUGGAUGCUUUGUGCCCUGCUGUGGAUGAACUCAUGAAACUAGUUACAGCACCACCUGAUGCACAGAUGAGUGUACUGCAGGCUGCUGUACAGAAAGCGGCUACGGGGGCGGAGGGGACUCGUCUCCUCCAAGCCAAAGCUGGAAGAGCAAGCUAUAUUGCCACCGACCGGGUCACUCUUCCUGACCCUGGCGCCAUGGCUGUUGCCGCCAUCUUGGGAGCUAUUGUGGAAACACUCGAGGAACAGAAAUAAAAGUGGUGAUAAGCCACAUUAUUAGCAGAGCCCUUGUGUAGCUGAGGCCUCUCCUCACAUAUGCAGGCACUUUUAAAAAAAAUGGAAGAUUAUGUCAUUUAUUUCAACAGAUUUUAUUUGAUUAAUGGUGGAAACUUUGGAGAGAUGUUGGGCUAUGGCGUCUGAAUAAAUGUUUAUUAUCCUUUGUGUUUAUAUUCAUGGGAAGCUUAAGAGAGAAAAACAAAAACGCACAGACAUUGGUAUGAGUUGUGCCUGGCACCACUAAAAAGCACCAACAUGCUACAGUAAAACCAAAAGCAUUCGAUGGCAAAUAAACCUUUAUAGGUUAUCAAAUGUGUUAUUUCACAACUUUAAAAUUUCCCAAAUUUUUGGUAAUCAAGAAAGAUUUAGCAUACACGCAUUCAUAUUAGGCAAAUUUUAUACAAAAAGUUAUGAUGUAAUUUUACAUCAUAUUGUACAUGAAUUUUGUGACACUGAAAGCCAUGUUUACACAUAUAGUAUAAUCUAUGUAAUCUACAGAUUUUUGUAAUCAUCCAGUAUGAGUAUAAGCAGCAGUUUUCUAAUGUUUACUUUCAUCCAUAGCAAAAGUCAAAUGUGGAAAAUGCAUUCAAGUAUUUCAAUCCAAAAGGAAAGCUCACAAAGAUUCAAUGUUUCUCAUAAUGCAACACAGUUGAGUGUAUGUGUUGUUUUGGGUCAAAGUUCUCUGUCAACUGUUAAUCAGAAGAAAAUCUUUAUCUGAAAUUUUGACUUUGGACUUUACACUGAACACUCACCUCUCUGCUAACAUCAUCUCAGAUAGUAUGUAAAUGUUUCUAUUUUCCCCUUAUCUCGAUUUCAGUGUUGGACAGUAUGGUACAUAUGAUUUAUUUUUAUUCUUAGUUGAUGAUAAUAAUAA